UUCAUUGGUCAUUUAUAUAAUAAUGACCAAUCAAAACAGGUGUUAAAAAUGUGUUGAUUUUAUCGUCAUCUCCGGUAUUCUUUGCCGCCAUUUUGAAGCACGCUUACCUAUAAUUUUGCAAAAAUAGACGUUAAUGAAUUAAAAAUUCAAUUAAAUAGAUGGAUUAAAGGCAAUUAUGCCAAUGCCUACCAAGAUAUUUGUUGGAAAUCUCUCUUCAGAUACAACUGGAGAGGAUUUGCGGCCAUUUUUUGAACAGUAUGGACAAGUUACAGAGUGUGAUGUCCUUAGAAACUUUGGUUUUGUUCAUAUGGCAGUAGAGCAGGAGGCAGAGCAAGCAAUCAAAGAACUUGGUGGAACUUUUGUUAAAGGCCAAAGAAUCAAUGUUGAGAAAUCUACAGGAAGUAGUAAAGGUGGUGGAAGAGGAGGUGGAAAAAUGAUGGGAGGAAGAGGUCGGGGUGGAAGAGGGCGUGGCGGUGCCCCUAGGGGUGGGGACAGAGACUAUGACCCUUACCCUCCACCUAGGGGACAUCCCUAUGGUAGAGACCCAUAUCCAUAUGAUUAUUAUGAUAGACAUUAUCCAGAACGGUUACCACCUCCUAGACCUCUACCUCUAGAUGAUAGAAGACUAGCAUAUGACAGAGAAGACAGAUUACCCCCUCCAAGAGAUCCCUAUGAUAGAUAUCCUCCAGCACGUUACCCUCCCGACAGAUAUGCGGCCUACGAUAGAUACCCUCCAAGACCAGCUGAUCCAUAUGAAAGGCCUCCUCCAGAUUAUUAUAGGUACAGAGCAUAUGAUGGUUAUGAUGAUCCCCCUAGACGCCUACCAGAAGACCUCCCGCCACCCCCUCCAGGUACAAGAAGUGCAGCUAAUGGGUUUGAUGACAGAGGAAGGCCCGAGCCUGCUCCCGGCAGCGAAAGUUACAGCAGUUCAUAUUCAAGUUACUACGACAGGUUUUAUAGUAAAACUUCUUCGAAUGGAGCAGCUCCACCCCCUUCCCGCCCCGGACCAUCAUCGGGUCGUGGUGGUCCCAUGGCCCCUAGGGGAGCCGCAGCAGUAGCAGCAGCAGCAGCUGCCAGAAAGCAACAAGAUCAGCAAAGUAUGCUGCAAACAGGACCAAUAUACUUUUAGUAGAGUGAAACUUUAAAUUUUUUCUCAGUCCAUUUCAUUUUAUGAUACACUACAUUUUCCCCUUAUGUUGUUUUGAGAGUGCAGAUCUUGAAUCUUAUUAGAUUUCUACUGGAUCUGCUAGGUAUUGAUAGUGUAGUUUUGAUUUCCAUGGAAAUAAAUGAGACUGCAAAAAGGGGCUGAUGGAAGAUGGUCUGUUAUUUACAAAUGAUUGUUCAUAUACGGACUGGUCUUGAAAGUUAAUGAAGGAAAGAAGAAGUGUAUUGUGUUUUAUGA